CGCGCAGACUCAAAUGCGGGUGGCAGCCCGGCGCUCCAGUCCGACCGCAGCGGUUGGAGAGCCAUGGAACCCGUAGCUUCUGGCCUCGAGUGUUCGACUCUGCGGCUGUGGCUGGGGCUGUUGCUGCUAUGCAGCUGGUGGUACCCUGGGAGCGCCGAGCCGCGGGCCCCGCCGGAGAAGAUCGCGGUUAUUGGAGCUGGAAUUGGUGGCACUUCAGCAGCCUAUUAUCUGCGGCAGAAAUUUGGGAAGGAUGUGAAGAUUCACGUUUUUGAAAAAGGAAAGGUGGGAGGCCGUCUGGCCACCUUGAAUGUGCAGGGGCAAGAAUUUGAGUCAGGAGGUUCUGUCAUCCAUCCUUUAAAUCUGCACAUGAAACGUUUUGUCAAGGAUCUGGGUCUCUCUGCUGUUCAGAGCCCUAGUGGCCUAGUGGGGGUGUAUAAUGGAGAGACCCUGGUAUAUGAGGAGAGCAGCUGGUUUAUAAUUAACAUGAUUAAACUAAUUUGGCACUAUGGAUUUCAGUCCCUCCGAAUGCACAUGUGGGUAGAGGAUAUAUUAGACAAGUUUAUGAGGAUCUACCGCUACCAGUCUCAUGACUAUGCCUUCAGUAGCGUAGAAAAGUUACUGCAUUCCCUAGGAGGGGACGACUAUCUUGGAUUAUUUAACCGGUCACUUCUUGAAACCUUGCAGAAAGCAAGCUUCUCUGAGAAGUUCCUUGAUGAAAUUAUUACUCCUGUCAUGAGGGUAAAUUAUGGCCAAACUACAAACAUCAAUGGCUUUGUAGGGGCAGUGUCAAUGGCUGGUACUGAUCCUGGCCUUUGGGCAGUAAAAGGUGGCAAUAAACUUGUUUGCUCAAGGCUCCUUCAGGCUUCCAGAAGCAAUCUUGUCUCGGGCUUAGUAAUGUCCAUAGAGGAGAAAACAAGGACCAGGCAGACGGGAAAUUCCUCAAAGGUGUAUGAAGUGGUCUACCAAACUGGAUCUGAGACCCAUUCAGACUUCUAUGAUAUUGUCCUGGUGGCCACUCCUUUGAAUCGGAAAAUGUCCAACAUAAAUUUUCUCAACUUCGAUCCUCCAAUUGAGGAAUUCCAUCAACACUACGAACCUUUAGUGACAACUUUAAUUAAAGGGGAGUUGAAUUCAACUGUCUUUAGCUCUAGAGCCUUAAAUGAGUUUCAUCUUGGUACAGUCUUAACCACUGAUAAUCCAGAUUUAUUCAUUAACAGCAUUGGGCUUGUGUCCCCUGUAGAAGAAGACAGUAAUCCUCAGCCAAAAGCAGAUAUAGCACAUGUCUGGAAGAUCUUUUCUGCAGCACCACUUAGUAAAGAACAAAUUUUAAAGCUCUUUGUGUCCUACGAUUAUGCUGUGAAGCAGUCAUGGCUUGCAUACCCUCAUUAUACACCUCCAGAGAAGUGCCCCUCCAUCAUACUUCACGAUCGACUUUAUUACCUCAACGGCAUAGAGUUUGCAGCGAGUGCCAUGGAAAUGAGUGCCAUUGCAGGCUACAAUGCUGCUCUCCUUGCCUAUCACCGCUGGAAUGGGAACACACACAUGAUUGACCAAGAGGACUUAUAUGAGAGACUUAAAACGGAACUAUGAAGUACCACUCUCUCUUUUAUCCCCUUCCUGGUUCCAAAUGGAAUAUCACUGGCAAAAAAAAAAAAAAAGAACAUAGUCUGAACAGAGAUGAUUUUGAAUCAUAUUUUGCCAUUAUUAUCAUUUAACAAAAGUAAUCCCAGAGUCCUGAGAAAUGCAAGGUUCUAAUUAAGCAUGAAGGUAAAACUAUUUCAUCUCCAAAAUCAAACUCUUUCUUGAAUAUCCAUCAGCAGCAUUUCCCAAACUUGUCUGAUCAUAAGAAUCAUCUGGAGUUUGUUAGACAUAUGAAUUCUCUAGCUCCUCUGGAGGUUCUGAUUUAAUAGGUCUGGGAUGGGGCCCUGGAUUUUGAGCGAAACUUUAAAGCAUUUUAAGCUGAGCCCUUGAGGAAGACUUCCUUUUAGUUCAGGACUAGUUCAUUUGCGCUUCACGGUUGGAUGUGAUCUUCAGUCAGGUAAAAUAACCAUGGGAAUUGGUAUCUUAUGCCUGGCUUUAGUAACUUAUAUUUUGCAAAUGACAUAUGCCCAUGCUUAAAGCCUUGACUUUCAGAAUGUUCUUUUGAUUGCUUCUGUCUCUAUUUCAUUAGGGGUGAAGUUCAGAAGUCUUAGUGUAGUAUAAAGAUGUCACACAAAAAUCUCAAGUAAAAUGAAAAGCAAGUAUAGGCUACUGAUUUAAGAAAUUUCUUAAAUUUGUCUUCUAUUAUCAAACCCUCACCUGAGGAGCUUUGAAAAAUGGUGACAGAGCCCCACAACAGAGAUUGGUUUAAUGGACUGAGGAUAGGACCUCAGCUUUUUGUAGCUUUUUAUUUGGAGUUCCUAAUGGACAACUGGGGUUUAGAGUCACUGAUGUGGGGGUUUAUGAUGUUUUCAAAGGGUUUUUAGUGCCUUAAAAGUCCUAAGAAGAAACCCAAUCCAUUAUCAAAGCAAAUCCAUGUUGCAAAGGAUUUCUCUCAGUGAGAACUCUAGUAGUCUUGGUAGUAAGAAGCAUCGACAGUUUGACAGCAGAGGCAACUUAGAUGAUUCUAGAGCCUCUGGCACUAGAAUAUAUUCAGUGACCCCACACUUGAUAAGAUCCAGUUUAUGUUCAAACUGUUAAAUGCUUCUGAAGGUACUGCAGCAUUUUGAUUGAGAAAUUGGUUGUUGAAAUCUUGUUUUGAGGUGGUGGUUUGGCUGUGCAUUGUAAUCACCUGUAGGACUGCUUCCAGAAUGAUUCCAGGAUGUAGCCAAACUUGAGACCCAGUUCUCCACCUGUACAAAGAUCAUGAGUGUCCUUAUAGUCACUGGAAGGACAAAACAAGUAGAAACUUGUGAAUUCUAAAAGUAACUGAACUGCAACCAAGUUAACAUAUAUUGUCUUUUUAAAAAAGUCCUCCUCCAGAUUAUAGCAGUUGUUCCUUUUAGCAAAAAGGAGAACAUUGAUUCUGAAAGCGAUUUAUUCUCUACAAUUGUGAAUAUUAAUAUGCUGAUAAAACUGCCAAGAUAUUUGAUGUAGAGGCAGUAAUUAAAUUUAUAGUUUGUCAGAGUUAGCUUUUUACUAUUUUUAUUCUUAACAAGUAUGUUAAGAGGCAUUCGUAGUUUUUUCCUCUUGUGGUUUUAAAGAAGAUAAUAUGUAGAGUAUAGUACUGUUGUGUAUAUGCUAAGAGUGGGUGAAUUCUAGUGGAAUAAUUUCUAACGUCUGCAGACUUGUUUUGCAAUGGCAAAUUAUUUCUAGAACAGCAGUUUUUAAGUAUUGCUGUUGUUAUCAAACCCAACUCUGUUUUCCAACGAGGCAUCUGCAGUUGUUAAAAGAGCAAAAAGGUUAUCCAUAUAGUAAGCGUAUUAAUUUUAAUGCAACUUAACAGAAUUCAAAAAGAUUUAAUUGGAAGAAAGACCUGUCAGGGCCCAUUAUUCCAGGAGGCUACUCAAGUGAAAUUUUUACAGAAGAGACUGGUAAAGAGUAUGCACAGGCUGAAGGAAGGCCAAGUUCUGCUCCAGUGUUACUGGAAGUCUUGUUAAAACAUGGCUGGCCUCACCCCUAGAAAUGUUGCAGUAGGUGUGGAGUAGCAUACAAAAGACUGCAUUUCUGUUAUGUUCCUACAUGAUGCUGCCGGGUAGGAGCCACACUUAGAAAUUCUACCAGUUCUAAAAUUCAACUUUAAACCUUCCCUAACAUUGCAACCACAUAAAGAGGAGAAUGGAAAAAUAAAAAUGUAUGGCCUUCACAUCAACUUUAGUUUGAUCCCUCUAGCUGUAUUUUUUCUGUAAACAUUUCCUAUAAAUAGGGAAUACCAUUUUACAUACUUGUUUACAAGUACCUCACAUACUGUGUAUAUCCCACUCUAGUUUUAAAGUGACUCAUGAUUUGUAGGCUUUCUACGGGUUCACAAAAAUAAACUUAAGCAUUUGCUUGAUAGAUUUUUUUAAAGUUAGGUUUAUGAUAUCUGUCUGUAAUAUUAUCUCUUAUUGGAGUUUGUGCACCAUAAAAUUUACAAACUAGGUGAGUAUAUUACAGGCAGCAUUAUCACCAUCUCCUACUCCACAAAGAACCACAAUGCACUGGAAUGUUUUCCUCUGGAAUUGUAUUUCUACUCUUGUAUUCAACAUUUUUCCCCACUUAUGUUCAAAAUAAAAACAAUGACAUCAUUA